AUGAGAACAUUGCAUAUUCUCCUGGGUAUCUUCCUGCCUUUGACGAACUGCCAAUGGACAACAGAAGAUCUUUCGCUUUAUGAUCUCGUCGAGGAUGUCAACGCAAACUUUUACGAGAUUUUUGAAGUGGAUAGGGAAGCCAGUACAGGACAAAUCAAAUCCGCUUAUAGGAAGUUGACGCUGAAAUGGCAUCCGGAUCGAAACUCAGCACCAGAAGCAACCCAAAAGUUUCAACAGAUCGCUGGAAUUUACGAAAUUUUAAAAUCCAAUGAACUUCGUGAAAAGUAUAACAAUAUUUUGGAUAACGGGCUACCAUCAUGGCGACAGCCUCUAUACUAUUAUAGGCGAAUGCGGAAGUUGACAUGGUACGAAGGGAUCCUUGUUCUGCUAUUCAUUGCCACAAUUGCUCAUUAUCUCAUGAUGUGGGCUGCAUAUUUUGAGAAGACAUUAGUCUAUAAACAGAAUAUGAAAAAGUCGAGAAAAUCGAAGAAGGAUACAGCCGUUGACGCGGAUGAAGCUAUGCACACGGCAUUGGCCGAAUUCCGACCGAAACCGCGUGAACUUUUGCCUAUUCUGAUAGUCAAGGGAACGAUAUCUUUGUGUAGCGACUUUGUGGUGGUAUUCAAAAUGAUGAUGAAAGAGAAAGAAGCUGAUAGGGAAGAAGUGGUUGAAGCACCGAAACGACAAAAACCAACGGCACCGCCUCAGCCUGAGUUCAAGUUCGAAAUGGCAACGAAUAUCAAAGCGGUUUCGACAAAUGAUCCGGAAAUGGAGAAAAAGUAUAAAGCCGAGAGCGAGGUUGCCGCUAAAAAACAAGCUGGAUGCCCGUGGACUCCCGAAGAGCUUGCUCAUCUUGUUCGGUUAACAACGGAAAAGUUUCCAGCGGGAACUCCGAAUCGAUGGGAGCAAAUGGGACGAGUACUUAAUCGAACUGAAGACGAUGUCAUCACAAUGGCGGGAAAAUUGAAGCAGAUGAAGCAGGAAGACUACACGAAGUUGUUGAUGACCUCAAUUCAGCAGAAUGUGCCGGCAGAGGAGCCAAAAGAGCAUGAAUGGACACAGGCCGAGCAGAAGCAAUUCGAAUUGGCGUUGCAGAAGUAUCCGAAGGGAACUGAUGAAAGAUGGGAUCGUAUCGCGGAAGCGAUUGGAACCAAAUCCAAAAAGCAGGUUAUGCUUCGAUUCAAACAAUUAGCAGAACUUGUGAAAAAGAAAAACACAACAAAAUAA